AUGCCGGAUGCAGAUGAAAUCAGAAACCUUCCAAUCGACAUUUCAUUCGGUCGACUCGGAGAAUGGUUGGUGGAUCGGAAGAGAAUUCCAUCGGAUUGGAGGAAGCGAUUGGCGGCGGUGAAAGCGAAGAUUUCGGCGGCGUUUGCUGCACUGCCGAAAGACAUUGAUCCUUUAUUCCUAACCCUGGACCUUGAAGGAAUUGGGUACUUUGAAGCGAAGCAAAUAUAUGAAAUUCUUCUAAAGUCGACUCCUGAAAGCCGUAACAUUUUUGGCCGGCUUUCAGGUGCUGCUGGCAAUUGGGAAACAAUAGUGCGGGCAUAUGAAAAAGAUCAUAUUUUUCUUGGUGAGGCUGCACAGAUAAUGAUCCAAAAUGUUAAUUAUGAAAUCCCAUAUCAAAAGAAGCAGGUCCAGAAGACUCAACAACAGCUUGCUGAAUUAGAGCGCAAGGAAGCUGAUAUAAAAAGGAAUGCAGUUCUUUCAGCAACAAAAUAUGAUCAGGCUUGUCAGGAGCUAGGAUUGCAGGGGAUUAACGUGAGGUCAGAAUUAUUAGAAACAGCUACAAAAUCUCUUCCAAGCACUUUUAACAGGAUUUUAGAAGUAAUUAAUGGUGAUUCUGUUUCACGGGCACUUGACUUCUACUCAACCUUUGUCAGAGAUGCUCAUACAGAAAAGGAAGUAACUCCUGGGUUUUUGUUACCAAAUUUGAGGAAUAUUCGUGAAAGCCCCCCUUCUCUUAAUGUUUACGUGACCCCAGAAGUUUCUGAUACUCUUAUUGCUCAAGGAUGCAAUGAUGAAUCAGCACACAUGGCUGGGGAAACAGACAUCGGGGCAAACAGUAUUGACUGGGAUAUUACCAUGGACAGCUCUCAGAUUGAUUGGGACAUUGGCACAGUGGAAGAGACAGAAGAUACUGGGAAUGGUUUGGGUCCUUAUGAAAUUGUUAAUGCUAGUGACAUUUUGGAAAAUUCCCCUCAUAAGGAUGGUGCUGUCGAGUCUCAUCAGGUGGUGUCAAAUCCGGAGAACUCUGAAGCUCCAGAUGUCUCCAUUUCAGAGAGCCCUUGGGAUAUAGUUGUUGAAAAUCCACAGGUUGAUGGAACUGAAGAAGCUGAUUUGUCGCGUAUUUUUUCAGUACCUGGUUCAAAUGUGCUUAAUGAUUCAUCCAAAGCUCCAGACACUAACCAUGAUAGGAGUCAGCUGUUGGAAAUAGAAUACCGGAAUAAGAUCCUGGACGAUUUAUUUGAGAUUAAAGCAUUUCUGAAUCAGCGCGUGAUUGAAUUGACAAAUUCAGAAACCUUGUCCUUGCAACAUCAAGUCCAGGCAGUUGCUCCAUUUGUGCUGCAGCAAUACACUUCUGACUCAAUUCAGAUGAUGCAAUCUGAUAUUUCCUUGGCUAUUUCAUUGUUAACAAAUCGAAAAACUCGGGACCUGAUUAUGAUACUCAACUCAAAAAGAUUCUUAGAUCGUUUAGUAAGCACACUGGAGGAAAAGAAGUGUCAUGAAGUCAAGUUAAAGGAGUCACUGAAAGACCUGUCGUAUAAACGCAUGGAACUGCAGAAUUCUUUAUCUUCUUCCUGGCCUAAACAAGAAGCAGCCAUUGCAAAAACCCGGGAGUUAAAGAAACUCUGUGAGAGCACACUUUCAUCGAUGUUUGAUGGAAGACCCGUCAAUAUCAUAGGAGAGAUUAGUGCAUUAUUGAGCAGUAGCUUUAAUGUGUCAAAGUCCUGA